AAGAAAACGCUUUCUUCCGCUCGCUAGCUAGCUACUGCUGGAAAGUAGCGACACAAUUUUCAGGAUCUAAUCAUAAUGAGUUAUGCAGAGAAGCCGGAGGACAUAACAAGGGAAGAGUGGAUGGAUAAACUCAACAAUGUCCACAUUCAGAGAGCGGAUAUGAACAGGCUGAUUAUGAAUUACCUCGUGACAGAGGGAUUCAAGGAGGCUGCGGAGAAGUUCAGGAUGGAGUCCGGAAUCGAGCCUAGUGUGGAUUUGGAUUCCCUAGAUGAAAGAAUCAAGAUUAGAGAGAUGAUUUUGAAGGGGCAGAUUCAAGAUGCCAUUGCAUUGAUCAACAGUCUGCACCCAGAACUGCUGGAUACCAACCGUUACCUCUACUUUCACCUACAGCAACAGCAUCUGAUUGAGCUGAUUCGUUUGAGGGAGACCGAAGCUGCUCUUGAAUUUGCCCAGUCUCAGUUAGCAGAACAAGGGGAGGAGAGUCGAGAAUGUCUGACUGAGAUGGAGAGGACACUGGCCCUGCUAGCGUUUGACAACCCUGAGGAGUCACCUUUUGGGGAUCUUCUCAAUAUGAUGCAGAGACAAAAGGUCUGGAGUGAAGUGAAUCAGUGUGUGCUAGACUAUGAGAACAGAGAGUCAACACCCAAGCUGGCCAAGCUCCUGAAGCUUCUGCUUUGGGCUCAAAAUGAACUUGACCAAAAGAAAGUGAAGUAUCCCAAAAUGACAGACCUCAGCAAGGGCACCAUCGAAGACCCAAAAUAAGGACCCAGAGUGAAAACAUACCACACCAGGACACAUUUCCUUUAUCUAUUUAUACCCCAACAAACUGACUCAUUUAGAGUUCAACCUUUUCUUUUUUGUAAGGGUUGCUUUUUGAUACUUUAAUAACUUAGAAUGUGCAAACUGGAUUGAUGGCAUUUUACAAUGAUCUCACACUAAAGUAACAUGCAGGCCAUUAUUUUCUUGGUAUUAUUAUUUACAUAUUUGUUUAUGUAAAAUUAGUUCACUAGUUUUUCUGUCUGUUGGCAGGGAAAGUUGCUUGCAUAAGACGAUGUGGAUAAAGCCUAAAUUAGGCUGUCACUUUUGGUGUGUGACCACUAAGGGCCAAUCCCAUUUCUACCCCAUAACCCUUCCCCUUAGCCCUUCCCUUUCAUCUACCCCUUCCCCUUGCCUCUCAAAACAGUGGUAAGGGGUAGGGGUAAGAACCUUCCCUUUAGAAACGAGACACCACUUGAUUGCUGUUCAUCAUCACACAUUGCCGAUAAACAGUGCUUCAUCAGAGGUGACAAUAAAGCUUUGGCCAUCUCAUUCAUACUAUGUAUCUCUGUGUUGAUCUUCUCCAUAUAUUUAUACAUUUAAUAGCCCCGGUUUACAUGUGUACAUAUAGAAAGUACAAUAAACUCCCAUCCCUAGUAUCUAAAGAUUUAAUAUAUGAAAAAACUAUAGUAUUUUCUAUAAUCAUUUAUAAAUGCUGAAAAUAUUUAUAUUUAUGCACCUCCUUCAUAGUCCAUUGUGCCAUUUUGCAAGUGAAUGCAGUGCAAGCAGGGAAAUUCAUACCCGUUGGUUUCAAGUGUGGUCCUGAAAAAUUUUUGUUCAAGGGCUAUGUAGCCCUUGGCCCUUAGCCCUCAAUUCAAAAGACAAUUAAUUGGGAUACCUGUUCACCUGACAUGAAACUGCAGAACCAAGGGGGAAGAGCUAAGGUGUAGAAAUGGGAUUGACCCUAAGAAGGGGCAAACUUUGAUGUUGCAGAAAAAAUGGUUGGCUCAGUGUGAACUGCCACAAAUAAACAACUUUUUUCUUACAGAACACAAAUAUUUCAGCUAGUAGCCUGUUAUAAAGCACUCUUUGUGACGGCAGUAGCCAAAGUAAGAUACUUGGGAUGUUUUAAACUACUGUGAUGAUAUUGAUAUUUAAAUUCAGCUUUAGACUCAUAAUACAUUACCGCUUAAGACAUUGCACAUACAUGCUGACAUAGAAGAGAACAUAGAAAAGAUAAUUAAAAAACUGAGCUACACAUUAAAGUAGCAAAGAAGUGGAAUAAGGCAAGAUUUCUGGACUGAUUUUAAACUUUUCAGCGUACUGUGACUGUGCAAGCAUAAAGGCAGCCUCAGAUUCAUACUGUUAUUGAAUAUCACUGAUUAUAAAAAGAUGUGAAUGAAUACAUGUGUCCACAGACAUGGAGAUACUUUACAGAUGGAUUAUAUACAUGUAUGGAAUAAGUAGCUCUUUUUGCUAAAUUUGAUGUGCUUUUUUUGCUGGGAUAUUAUUUUGCAAUAAAAGUGAAUUUUUAAACUG